UUAAAGUAGUUUCUAGCUACAAAUAUUGUGGAGGUAGCUACAAGUUUAGUAUUACCCAUUGAAAAUCAUCACUAGCCCAUAUGAAGCUGCUGUCCUUUCAAAGUUCAAAAGGAGAAUUAGGUUGCUUAACCGCCCUUAUUGUGGGGGGAAAAGUACCGAACUUAACUUCCAAAAGUCCGUAGACUCGUUCAUUACCCACCAACCUCGGCCAAAAUACAAAUUCUGUUUUUGUAUCUUCUUCCUUCCUCUCUUCCCCCAUAACAACCGGUGCACAGUAGCAGCGGCUGCGCUGGUGACCUGAGUAGGCGUAUCACGCACUCUUCCUCAAUGGGGAAGAGUAAAACUCCGGGGGAUAUAGAGGCGGCCGCCCACCAAGUGGCUGCUCGACCUCAGGCCCGACCGUGCCCGCCACCACCCAAGUCGUGGUUCCCGUGGCUGGUGCCGGUCUUCUUCAUGGCUAAUGUGGCGACAUUCGUGUAUAGCAUGUAUGUGAAUAAUUGCCCGGAGAAGACUGGGGCGGAUCGAUGCGUGUUCAACUCAUAUUUGGGAAGGUUUUCUUUCCAGCCCCUAUCUGAAAACCCACUCUUUGGCCCUUCCCCCACCACGCUGGAAAAACUAGGAGCCCUGGAGAAGAAACUUGUGGUGCAGGAAGGAGAGGAAUGGCGCCUUGUGUCAUGCAUCUGGCUUCACGCCGGAGCCAUCCAUUUAAUCGCCAACAUGUUGAGCCUUCUGUUUAUUGGAGUCAAGCUAGAACAGGAGUUUGGAUUUUUGAGAAUAGGCCUCUUGUACGUGAUUUCUGGUUUUGGGGGAAGCUUGUUAUCUGCUCUUCAUCUUCAGAAAUCCAUAUCAGUGGGUGCAUCCGGUGCACUUUUUGGGCUGUUAGGAGCCAUGCUUUCUGAACUCUUCAUGAACUGGACAAUCUACGCAAAUAAGUGUGCAGCCCUGAUGACUCUCAUGUUCGUCGUUGUCUUAAAUUUGGCUGUUGGUUUUCUCCCUCAUGUGGAUAGUUCUGCCCAUAUUGGAGGAUUUCUUUCAGGAUUUCUCCUGGGAUUCAUUCUUUUAGUCCGCCCUCAAUAUGGAUACGUAAGUCGCAAGUACAUUCCUCCUGGAUAUGAUGGAAAACGUGUGAAAUCCAAGCACAAAUGGUAUCAAUAUCUGUUAUGGGUUGCAGCUUUAGUUGCCUUAAUUUUCGGAUUUGCAUUAUGCUUGGUAAAGUUGUUCAAUUUUCAGCUAUCUUAAAACUGAUACCAUGCUUUCUUCUACUAUCAACUCACUGUUAGCAAGCCCCAAUCCCAAUGUGUAAGCACAGAAGGUAAGAGCAAUAGAAGAUAUCCAUCUAUGCAUGCAUAUAAACAACAGAUUGUUGUUUCAAGUGUAUGUUUUUUCCUUUUAAGGUGUACACAUUCUAUGGGAAUAGCUGAAGUGAAAAGCAAAUGAAAACCCAACACCCGGAAGCUUUUCUGGAUUGGAAAACAGUGUGACCUGCUAAACCUAAAUCCAUCUGGCUCAUUAGUAUAGAUAUAGGGAAAACUGACUGAUUGAAACUCUCCAAAUGCCAACAAAGGAUUAUGUAAAAUAGUAUUUUACUAAAUCAUUUAUUCAUAAUUUGUGUUUUCAUCUCUAAUAUAGAAAUUCCUAGACUAGCAUAUACUGAAUUUCGCAGUAAUAUUGUUAGUAAUGACACCUCACUACCCAAGACAGACACUUCUUUCAGGAACAUCCCUUGAAUAAAAGCUAAAACAAAAGUAAAUAAAUGGAAAAAUAAAUAAAAAAAAUAAAAAACCAAGGUACAAUAGCUACAAAUAAAACAAAACAAAGAAUUUCUAGGUUACCAUGAUAGGGUGAAGUUGGCAUCAUAGAAUAAUAUCAGCAGUAACAGCUAAUAGAUUGUGAACAAUUGCAAUUAUCUUACUUGUUAAGAGGUUAACUAACACAACAAAGAGAAGAAAGAAAUCGAACGGAAAUUGCACAGAGAACUAAUGUAUUUGUUCAAUCGAAU